GAUUACACAGGCGUAAGGUGUGACAUUUACAGUCAGCUGAUUUCAUGUUGUGAUGGCAGAUGCAAAAACAAUGUUGAACGCUGUUGAACCUAAAGACAACCAAGAACAUGAUGAAAAUGUUGUGGAUACAGAUACGUCAGAUGAUGAGGAAGAAUUCAAAAACUUGAAUGCUCAGUUGGAUCAACUAAAUUCUGUACUUGAUUCAAUAGAGAUGAAGAAUGAUAUCGUACAUGCUGAAUUUGUGAAGCUAUUAAAUUCUAACAGAGAAGCCAGGAAACAAUUCCAAGAAUCUCUUAAUGAGCAACCAGCAAGAGAAGGAACAACUCCUGAUCCGCAAUAAUGUAUCCAGUUAAUUCAACAUCUGCAUGAUAUUCAGUGCACUGUUUAUUCAUCGCUGGAUUUAAUACUAGUCCGGCUAAAAGUCCAUCGCAUGGCCUGUAAUAUUGAGUCUUAGGAUUCUUUGCAAAUAUCGCAUUUUCU